UGACCUUUGAAGAGUAAAAUCGUUUGGGAGAGUAUAAAAUUAAACUUUUUAUAGUCAUUGAUAUUAAGGUAAAUACACAAUGUCUGAUGCUGUGAAGGAUUUUGAUAGCGUUCAGGACCAAAGGGAUAGUGAUUUUCAAGAAAAUCAAGUUUCUGAAGCUGGUGAACAUGAAGCCAAAGUAGAAGAGCAGAAAAGUGAAACAAUUUGUGAAAAUAGUUCAUUGAAAAGAAGAUCGUCAAAUUUUGGCGAAUGCACAUCGGAAUCAUUGUCUUCUGAAGCAAUUGAUGUGAAUUUAUAUGAAGCAGGCCCAAGUCGGAUUCAAUUGAAUAAGGAUGAAUGUCCUCAAAGUGCAAAAGUUGCAAGUGCAGAUAAAUCUCAAUCGGAUAAAAUGACCGGAAAAUCUAAGGAAGAUCCUUUUUGGGAUGAUCUUCGCAGUAGUCGUAUGUGUAUAGACGAAGAGAUGUCAGCAGAAGAUGAAUUGCGGCCAGAAUGUGCUUUAAGGUUCAUCAGGAGGUUUCGGAAACGACGAUCUCUUGUCAAUAGAAGUUCACAAACUCUUCCAUCCGACAUUUUUCCAGAGAGUAGAUUUUACACUCAGCCUAAACUAAAGCGAAGUUCCCUGAAAGUGCAAAUGUUGUUUCCGACUCCCUACUCUCCAACAAUGGUUCGAUGGCGUGAAGAAUAUCAGAAAUUUUUGGAAAAUUUAUGGAAGAUGUACGAGGAGAGUUUUGGAGGACCUACUGAGGCAUCAUCUGCAACUGGAAGCAGUACAAAUCUCCCUGAUAAAUCUAUGAAAAUGCCUGAUGAACAUCACGGAGAAGGAGAGCAAUGCCCAAUUUGCUUGCAAGUAUUCAAUAAUUCAGAAAUAGGCAUUACAAAUAUUUGUAAUCAUAAAUUUUGUGCUAAGUGUAUCUUUAGAUGGUCCACUGAUAAUCAAGUUUGCCCAUAUGAUCGUGCACCUUUUACACGAAUUACAGUCUUUAGAAAUUACAAUACCAUACGUGAAAAAAUCUACGAAAUACUUUUAACAAGGGAAAUAGACUUUUACGAGGGAGAAGAGUCAAUUUUGACGUCAUACUGCUCCUUCUGCAAAAGAGCUAGUGUCAUAGAUAUCUCAAUUAUUUGCAGUAUUUGUGAGAUAAGUAGUCAUAUGCGUUGCCUCAAUUCCGUAAUGUUGCCAGGAAAUGAUUGGUCAUGUUCAAAUUGUAAUAGCAAAAUACUCAAUGAAAAGGAUCACUGUAAAAUUAAAGAAUUUGUAGUACCUUCCGUAUUUGAGGGAUUUCCUGAAAUUGAUAAAAUAACAACAUCAUUUAAUUCUAAUUCAAAUUGUACAGAUUUGUAUGAAUCUGACUCUUCAAGCCUAUCUGAUGAAACAGGUAAUAUAAAUGUUUAAUAUUAUUUUAAAUAAUAAUUUUUAUAGACAUCGUAAAAGAAUUUAGUAUUAUUUUUAAUAUUUUAGUAUAGCC